UCCUCACCACUGCAGUUCAUCAAUAAAUGCUGGAAUAUUCCCAUCAGUCUACAAGUACAAGCAUCAAAGCAUCAGGAAGAAGUGAAAUCUGCAGAGACAGAGUUUAUUGAAGGACAGAGAGAACAUGAGAGAUCCAGAACCCUGCAGAAUCAAACACACUGAAGAACAAACAGAUCUAAUGGAGGAGAAAAAGCAUAAUGUCAAAACUCUCUCACAGACUGAAAGUAUUUCUUUACUGAAAAGAAGAGGCAAGAAAGGUUUCACCUGCACUCAGUGUGGAAAGAGUUUCACAUACAAACAGAGUCUCAAGAGACACAUGAACAUCCACACUGGAGAGAAACCAUACACAUGUGAUCAGUGCGGGAAGAGUUUCACACAAUCAUCAAACCUUAAGAUGCACAUGAAACUCCACACUGAAGAGAAACUGCAUGAAUGUGAUCAGUGUGGAAAAACAUUUUCAUGGGCUUCAAGCUGGAUUAAUCACCUUAAAGUUCAUUCAGAUGAGAAAACCACCAUUCAUGUUCUUUCUGUGGGAAAGAGUUUUUUUUUCAACAACUGCAGAGUUUAAAAAUACAUCAGAAGAAGAUACACAGUGGUGUGA